GCAGAAGCUGAAGACCGCAGGCCCAAGGAACACGAACAAGACAAUUGUUGUUGAAAAGACCUGUGAUGCUGAGCCCAUGAACGAGAUCUCAGAGAACUUUGCUAGCAAGGAAACUUUCAGGAACUGGGACAAACCACCAUGGGGUAGGAAACAGGAAGAUUUUGUGACAGAUUCCAGUGAGGUGGCCUGUGUUCCCCUGGCUGAGCUGGAGACAUUAAGUGUGGAGGAAGAAUGCAUUAUCACUGAAGUUGACCUUAGUACCCUGGAGAACAAUCUACGAAAGAGGAGAGAAAUAUGCCAAGGUGAAGGUCGAAGACUCUCUUCUCAAGUUUCUGAAAGUACAAGUAUUUGGUCUUUGGAUGUUCCCAAGAGGUCAGAAUACGACACGAGCUGUUCAGAGACCAGCACUGUGGAUCAGAGAUCUUCUAUCUGUCAGUUGCCAGUAGUCAAGAAGGAACCUCAGGACUGUUUCCCACAAGUCUUCACGAAAUUCUUUCCGUGCUGCAGAGUGAAUACUAAUGCAUUUCCAGGCAACACUUGGUGGAAACUUAGAAAAACCUGCUACAAAAUUAUAAGACAUAAUUGGUUCGAAUCUUUUAUUAUAUUCAUGAUCUUAUUGAGUAGUGGUGCUCUGAUCUUUGAAGACAUUUACCUUGAUAAAAUAAGGACCAUAAAAAACAUGCUCAACUACGCCGAUGUAUUUUUUUUCUGUAUCUUUUUCUUGGAGAUGCUUCUCAAAUGGGUGGCAUAUGGCUUUAGAAAAUAUUUUACCAAUGGCUGGUGUCUUCUUGACUUCUUUAUUGUUUCUCUUCCUAUAGCAAGAGGUACGUCAAAGACAAAACAGUGUGAUAGUAAUAUCUCCACAAAAUCUCUAAGAACAUUGAGGGCCCUGAGACCUCUUCGAGCGCUGUCUAGAUUUAAAGGAAUAAAGGUUGUUGUGAAUGCCCUUGCCGGUGCUAUCCCUUCCAUUGGAAAUGUGCUGCUUGUCUGCAUUGUUCUCUGGCUCCCUUUUAACAUCUUAGGGGUACAGCUGUUUGGAGGGAAAUUUUCAUGUCGGAACACUGAAAAUAAGAACAAUUGCAUUAAUAAGACUGUCAACUUUGAUCAUGUUGGGAAUGGGUAUCUGGCUCUCCUUCAGGUGGCAACAUUUAAAGGCUGGUUGGACAUUAUGUAUGCCGCAGUAGAUUCUGCUAACGACACCUCUAGCCAGCCGUGUUUUGAAAACAAUGAAUACGCCUACAUUUACUUUGUGAUCUUUAUUAUAUUUGGGUCAUUCUUCAUGCUGAACCUCUUCAUUGGCGUGGUUAUCGACAAUUUUAACCAGCAAAGGAAAAAGCUAGGUGGAGAACUCAUUUUUUUGUCAGAGGAGCAAAAGAAAUAUUAUAAUGCACUAAAAAAGCUUGGUAGCAAGAAGCCACACAAGACCAUUCCACGACCUCUGAAUAAAUUCCAGCGAUUGCUUUUUGACAUUGUAAAUAAGCAAGCCUUUGAACUUUUCAUUAUGAGUCUCAUUUUCUUAAACGUGGUGGUCAUGGCAGUGGAACACGAAGGUGAAGACGCGGCUGCUAAGCUACUUCUUGAACAGAUCAACUGUGUCUUUGUCGCGAUCUUCACCGGCGAGUGCUUAGUGAAACUGUUGGCUUUGAGGCUUUAUUUCUUCAAAGAUAACUGGAACAUAUUUGAUCUGGUGGUUGUAAUUCUUUCAAUAGUCAGCCUUGCAGCCACACAGCUUUGGCAACGUCUCAACUUCCCGCCUACGAUCCUGAGAGUUGUUCGAGUGAUCCGGAUAAGCCGGCUUCUGAGGCUGAUCAGAGGAGCCAGAGGUCUCCGCACCCUGCUUUUUGCCCUGCUGAUGUCCCUUCCCGCUCUCACCAACAUCGGACUCCUCCUCUUUCUGAUCAUGUUCAUUUAUGCUAUUUUCGGCAUGGCUAAUUUUGCCUGUGCUAGUUGGACGCAAGGGAUCGACAAUAUUUUCAACUUCCAAACGUUUGGCAAUAGCAUGCUUUGCCUUUUCCAAAUAACGACGUCGGCUGGCUGGAAUGAACUUCUUGGGCCAAUGCUCACUCGUCAGGAUAGCUAUAUUUGUGCUCUGAACAUCAACUCCACCCCACAGAAGAGCCCGUGUGUGAACAGUGGGGUGGCCAUUGCCUAUUUUGUUAGCUACAUCAUUAUUUCAUUUCUCAUUGUAGUUAACAUGUACAUUGCUGUCAUCAUUGAGAAUUUGAACAUUGCCACCGAAGAAAGCACAGAGCCGCUAGGUGACGACGACUUUGAAAUCUUUUAUGAGAUCUGGGCAAAAUUUGAUCCCAAAGCAACCCAAUUUAUUUCUUACUCAGCACUGUCAAACUUCGCAGAUGCCCUGGCAGAACCUUUACGGGUACCGAAACCAAACAGCCAACAGCUGUUGUCCAUGGACCUUCCAAUAGUCAAUGGGAAUAAAAUCCACUGUUUGGAUAUUUUGUUUGCUUUUACUAAAAGGGUGCUGGGAGAAUCUGGAGAAAUGGACUCACUUGAGUCCCAAAUAGAAGAAAAGUAUCCAGAGAAGAUUGCCUAUGAGCCCAUUGUAACAACUCCCAAGAGAAAACAGGAUGAGUCUGCCAUCAUAAUACAGAGAGCUUUUAGGAUGCAUCUCCUUCAGCGUGCAGGAAAGGAAAGAUCUCAGGAAGCCUGUGUCGCUAUCUCCCUGGAGAAUAUUCCCGAAGAGGAAAGCCUAUCUGUGUUCCGACUGAGUGAAGAUGAAGGCAGCCAGUCCAGUAAUUCUCAGAGUCUGUCUUCGGUGGUCAUUCCUCCAUCAUACAGUAAUGUGACUAGCAUCACUCCUGACGUUCAACAGGAGAAGUUCUCUGACAGUAAUGAAGACACCAAGUGAUGUACAGCUUGCUGAUUUUCUCUUGUCCCAACAGAGUUUUCCUAGAAACAGAUAGUAAUACUGUCAUAAAUAGUUAACCCAGCAGCUUUUCCAUUAGUGGUUGUGAAAACUCUUACAUAUCCUCAGUGGGAAUUAAAGAUUGCAGUUGCAACAGAGUUCCCCAAUCUCCUACAUUCUGGAUGUUUUGGACUACAGUUUCCUGUAUUAGUCUGGAGGUUCUGCAAACCAUACGUCAUUUCUGCAGUAGUGAUUUUCAGUAUCUUCUAGAGUCAACCAACCUGUGUUACGCCAAAAGACAGACGUUGUAUCA